UGAGACCUGGCCGCCUAUUGGCUUUGGCAUGUCGCGACGCUGUCGCGCACGACUUCUCCCCUCUAUUGUUAUUGUGGCGUGCGCGUGAGGAACGGACAGGAUGCACGAGGAGACAGCGGGGCCGUUAAAAUAACAGAGGAACACCGAGCUCGCGCUGUACAACAGAUGAGAAAGAAGCACUAGCUCGUUACAUCCGAGGAGAAAUCGGAGAAGCGUCCGCCCAGUGGACACUGAGCCACACGAAGAGCUGCGGACACAGCAGCCGUGGACAGAGCUGUCGGAGACUCCGAGGUCUUUCUGUCCAAGUUUCUCCUCUCCACUCCGGCUCAUGUGGACUGAUUCAGAGCUGGGCCAUCACGAUGCCAAUGAAGUUUCUGGUCACUCAUUGGCUGACCAAAUUAAUACCAGCAGCAUCAUGUCAGUGAACCCUCCAAGCAGCAAUGACGCCUGCCUCAGCAUCGUCCACAGCCUCAUGUGCCACCGGCAGGGCGGAGAAAACGAGGGCUUCGCCAAACGGGCCAUUGAAAGCCUGGUGAAGAAGCUGAAGGAGAAGAAGGAUGAGCUGGACUCGCUCAUCACUGCCAUUACCACCAAUGGUGUCCAUCCCAGCAAGUGUGUCACCAUCCAGAGGACGCUGGAUGGACGGCUGCAGGUGGCAGGGAGGAAAGGUUUUCCUCAUGUCAUUUAUGCACGGCUGUGGCGCUGGCCUGACCUCCACAAGAAUGAACUCAAGCAUGUCAAGUUUUGCCAGUACGCCUUUGACCUAAAGUAUGACAAUGUGUGUGUCAACCCCUACCAUUAUGAGAGGGUGGUGUCUCCAGGCAUUGUUGGCCUCAGCCUUCAAAACACAGCAGCACCAGGCAGCCUCAUCAAAGAAGAAUACAUCCAUGACUGUAUACAGAUGGACCUCCCACCUGGCAUGCCUCUGUCUGACCAUCAAACAGCUUUGAAGCUGCCUCCUCAAGACUGCUAUGGUCAGCCCCUGCCCCCCCCACAGCUGUCUUCUGAGCCCCAUGGACCCCCACCUGUCAGCAGAUACACUAGCCUGCCUGUCUCACCCAAAGUAUCCUGCUCUGGUUCCAUGCUGCCAAUGCAGGCAGGUCACAGUGACGGUCGUCUCCAAGCUGCAUCUCCACAGGCUCAAGUCAUGACCCCGGUACCACGACCACCGACUCCAACACAACCCCCACCUCAGCAACAGGCUGCCCAGCAACCCUCACAGCCCCCCCAUUCACAACAACCCUCCCUAUCUACUGCUCACUCACAUGGACAAAACGGAUACAGCAGCAAUAAACAUUCUCAGAGCCAGGCGGUCUUCCACACAGUUUGGACAGGCAGCAGCACAGCCUCCUACACUCCCAUAGGACCCCAGCAGAAUGGGCGUGGUAUCCAACAACCUCCCCUCCAUCACCCAAACCACCAUUGGUCUCAGCAUCACGCCUCAACCUCUUUCCCUCCUUCUGUGUCCAAUCAUCCAGGACCAGAGUUCUGGUGCUCUAUCUCCUACUUUGAAAUGGACGUUCAGGUGGGUGAGAUGUUCAAGGUGCCCUCCAGCUGCCCUGUAGUGACAGUGGAUGGUUAUGUUGACCCGUCGGGAGGUGAUCGCUUCUGCCUCGGCCAGCUGAGUAACGUCCAUCGCACAGAUGCCAGUGAGAGAGCCAGGUUACACAUUGGUAAAGGCGUGCAGCUGGAGUGUCGUGGUGAGGGCGAUGUGUGGAUGCGCUGUAUGAGCGACCACGCUGUGUUUGUACAGAGCUACUAUCUCGACAGAGAGGCAGGCCGAGCACCAGGGGAUGCUGUGCACAAGAUCUACCCUGGAGCUUAUAUCAAGGUGUUUGAUCUGCGACAGUGCCAUAGACAGAUGCAGCAGCAGGCAGCGACGGCUCAGGCUGCAGCUGCUGCACAGGCAGCUGCUGUGGCAGGAAAUAUUCCAGGUCCAGGCAGUGUUGGAGGCAUCGCACCUGCAGUUAGUCUGUCUGCAGCAGCGGGGAUCGGUGUGGACGACCUCAGGCGACUGUGUAUCCUGCGACUCAGCUUCGUGAAGGGCUGGGGGCCUGACUACCCUCGGCAGAGCAUCAAACACACCCCCUGCUGGGUGGAGGUCCACCUGCACCGUGCUCUGCAACUUCUGGAUGAGGUGUUGCACACUAUGCCUUUGGCAGACCCAGGGCCUGCUAACUGAAGACCACGACUGUGUUCAAAUUCCAAUCAGGAUUUUAUGAAUGUGCACACACAGAAACACCAUUGGAUUAUUUUUGCUUCAGGCCAAAAAUGCUUAUUGAUACACACAGCAAAUCUAUCAGAGACACACAGAAAAAUGAAAUGACCAACAACACAUUAUGCUUGUAACAAUCAAUGCUCUCAGACAUACACACACAUGCACACACUGAAACCCAAAGGUCCGUAGCUGUAACAGACAUACACAUGCUGAUGUAAUUGGGACUGUUGUAAUGCUUUACUCUACAAUCUUAAGUCAAAUGCAAGAGAGUUGGGUCCAUUAAGGUAAAGAUUUUGAGUUUGUCUCUACUGAAGAUAUUUGUAUGCACUGUAGGAAUCCAGGGAUGAGUUUCAGAAAUCCAGUUCCCCUAUAUGCAUUUGGAUUUCCUCUCAUUGUAGGAGGGUUCUCCACAUACACUCAUGGAAUAGACACAGAAAUGUACAGAUUGUGUCAUCCACUUAUCACUCCAGACAAAUAACUAUAACAUGAAGUUCUCUUCAUGUCUUAUCAACAGCAGAGGUGAUGUAGAAGUAUGGAUUACCGAAGUCAAUCUCUGUGCUUGUACUGCACUCUUUACUCUAUGUCCAACUCAAACUGUUAACCCUCUUGUGACCCUCUUGUUACGCUCAGCUAAGACUAUUAUUUUUGUACCAAAGCCUAAAAAGCCAAAAACAUUUCGCUUUAAAAUAGUGUUGUUGUUCCUCUCUAAACAGUACGACCCUGUUUGUAACCAAAUAGUUGGUGGAAAUCACCAAAGACAAAAUACCUCAUCAGUACAGUGCAAAAUCUCAGUCCAGUUUUCUGCUUUGUUCAUCGCUUCACUCAGGUCUGCAGUCGGACUGUAAGGGAACGUUCUGUCAGACGAUCACUGGUAUUUGUGAAGAGGCUUCUGGGAACUUGUAGUCUCCACACAGUAACUUCAGACCAAACAUCAGACUCCAUUUGUGCCUUUCUGUUCUCUGAUCUGACCAAUUGGGAUCAUCUCUUCUAGACAUGUGACUGGCAGUUCAUCUGUCACUAGUGGCUUUGUGUGUUUGUCCAUGCUCAGUCUGCAGAGGGACCAACAUUCUCUGUUGAGUAUAGAUCACACAACACCACUGAUGUCUUGACCCUUGAUCUGUGUUGAUUCUGUCACAUGGCUUUUUGACCAUAAAACAGUGAAUUGUAGCUAAAUUAAUAAGGUUUUGUGCUACUUAAAUGGUGCUAAAGGUUUCAAGCAAAGAUUAUUCUUCACAUUUUCAAUUCAAUUAGAUCAGAAUAAUUGAUAAAUUAGAGCAGAGUAAAUUGAAUGACACAGGGCCUGCAGCACUAGGGCAGGAAACGUGGUCGACGAUGCGAGGCUGACUGAACCAUGUGGAUGGAGACACCAGACAUGACUGAACCUUUGCCUCACUGGGAACAUGAUCUGUUGAUCUGAAUUCAGAGAUGAGGAAAGGAUUGGUGAGGUGACAUGUGUAGUUUGACUCUGUCACGAAACUGAGAGACACAUAUCAUCUGAUUCAGUUGCUUUACAAAGAUCACCAUUAACAUAUGCAUAUUUGUGAUUUGUGCCCUUUGUUGUCAGUUGUAGAUGCACCAACACUGGAUUGUAAGACAGACGCACGUUUGUCUUUGUUCACAUGAAGAUUGAUGUUGCACAUUGUGAUUCGGCUUUCAGCUGUUCAGAACUUGUAGAUGAUAUUCUGUGGUCCCCUCAGGUAUCAGCCUUUCAAACUGGUUUAUACCUGAGUAGUAUUGUUUAUUGCCUUAGUCUUUAGUGAGUGUAAAAUAUGAGUACGCUUGGCACUAUCUUAAUCUAAGCAUGGACUACACAAGUACAUGUCAUAUUUAUCUGUUCUGCUCUGCCCAGGGAAAUGUUCAAGCAGGCUUUCUCAAUUAAUGAGCAAAUUCACCAUCAUUAUCUUCAUCAUCAUCCUGAUCGCUCUACAAUCAAAUCACAAUUCAUUACAUCAAAUCAGCUCCAUGAUGUGUCCAGAAAUGCGUUGCAGGCGGGGCCUGCACGUUGCUUCGUUCUGUUAGUGAUUCACUAUUGAUUCAGACAACUGACAACAAGCAGCCACUUCAUCACGUCACUAGUUGGAGGUGAUAGAGUUGGUACCUGCAAGCUGUUCACCUGACAGCUCAUCAGGGGAUUCUCUGUGAGCUUGUGCUACUUCCUCAGGUCCUUCUCACACUAUGCCAAAGAGGAGGGUUUUUUCUGGUCCUAAUUAUUUCCAAAUUGUAUUCCAUACUAACUAAAGGGAAAUAGGGAAGCCUAAAUGAAACCCAGGAAAACACCCCUUAUUCACAGAUACUGUACAUGUUAUUGCUUGCUUGGAGACAAUGUCCCAAUGUUUGCAUGUUCAGCUGAGCUAGUGUGCACUGAAAAAAACCCCACUCAAUUUAAAUAGCAAUUAUCACAUGAAGUAUACACCAAAUUAAAAAAUGUUGUGGACCACACAAAAUGUGAAUCCUCCAUACUCCACACAUGGGUUGAUUGUUGCAUCUAUGGUUUGCAUGCUGCUUCCCCAUGGCAGGACUGCAUCGCACGUUUGUGUGCAGGGGCGGGGGUUUCCCCCUUAAGGUCUUUACACACUGGGGGUGUUUGUUUUCUUUCGAUAAAUUCUCACGUCACUGAUGAAUAUUUUUGUAAUGAGUAUUUUACACAGAAAGCCAGUUACACAGCAAAAAAGCCUUUUUUGAUGUUGAUUUUAUUGGGCUUUCACACUGUUAAUAAUAAUGAUAAUGAUAAAUGACAUACACCGAUCAUUGCAGUAUAGUAGUUCAGGCUACACAACAACUGACCUCAGACAGAAGCCAGACAAUGCUCUGGGUCAGUGGGGUCCAGAUCCUCUGCCGACUCAGAGGCUGAUAGGUCUUAUCAACCAGCAGAGGUUACAUUCCAAUUCCCUCUACAGGUGCAGCUCAAAAAAUUUAAAUGAGUAUAAUGAAAAUGUUCAAUUUUUAAAUAUAUACUAAUAUUUAACAAAGUGAAAAUUAAAUAUAUCCUAAACUAAUAAUAUGUAAAAUAAAAUAUUUCAUGUAUUUUUAAAAUUUCGAUAACGGCUUACGGCUGGAAAAAAACAUCUCAAAAUAUUAGAAUAUUUCAUUUCACGUUUGAGUAAAUUACUACUCAUACAGUAUAAAUACAGUGUUUCUCUCUGUCCAGUUCAGUACACAAUACCAGAAUCAUGGGGCAGACUGCUGAAUUGACAGUUGUCCACAAGAUGAUCAUGGACACUCCACAAGCAGUGUAUUGAACCUCCAACCCUCUGGUUAGUGGACAACCCUCUAUAUCCUGAGCCACAGCAGCCCAAGCAACCACACACAAUUGUCCCACCCACAUCCGCAAAUAUGUUCUGAACAGGGUCCAUGAUGGAGGCAAUGGACUCUUACACUACCUUGUAAAUAGGUAAAUCGCUUUUGUGGAGUAUCAUCACUGGAUUGAAGACGAUACUAAAGAAUGAGCUGAUGCAGAUCAGUUUGAACCUUCCUGCCAGUAUGAAUAGUUUUGAUGCAAAAUACUUGCAGGCAAGUAUUUAUCAUUUUUGUGUUGUUUUUUCGUCAAGUCCUCAGUGUGUAAAGACCUUUCACAUAGACAAUACCUGGUCAAAACUCAAGUGCAUCUAAAGCGCAUCUGGAAAUGCUCUGAAACAAGUGUGACAAAGGAUUUUAAAUAUUUAAGGUUCAGUAACUAUUUUUUGGGCUUCCAGCCACAUCUCAUGGUCUUCAUCAGCGGAUGGAAUUUGCUCAGGCACACAAAAUUAAGACGUUGUAAUGAUCAGAUGUAAGAGUGAGCAAACUCCAUCCACUGAAGAAGGCUGUGGUUUGAAAGUCAGUAAGUGGAGAUACCGAGUCAGAUUACUGCAGGUUGUUCAUGUCACACCUCUAAUUCUCAAACUUUGAAAGAAGUUGUGUUUCUCCAGCAGCGUAUGCAAGCACAGUAAUGAUGAUGACAACAACUAUCUUCAUCACAAAAUGAAUUUAAAGCUGCAGUCAGUGUUCAUCACUGGCCCGAGCCACACGUCCUCACGACACUGUAGAGUUGCACUAUGGGUAGUGUGUAGAGUGAUGCGUCAGGGCAGAGGCAGUUUCUCUGUGUUUGUGUGAUGCGUUUAGUUUGCUCAGAAGAAAAUGAAUGUUGAAAACAAUGAAGAAGAAUGAAUGGCAAUAAAACAUCUUAAAAAAAGGUUUGGAUUAUAUAAUUUAAAAUUAUUAUUUUUUAAUCUCAGUGUACAUGAUCAGGACACAAUGUGAAACAUUUCUGGAUUUCAUCCCAAACCAAAAUCCCUGAUAAUGCAUUUAUCAUUCCAGUUUGUAAUGCGAGACAAACAGAAAAACUCAAACACCAUCCCAUUCAUACAACAUUACAUAGUUUUAUUCUGACACUCAAACAAGAUUGAAAAUAUGUAGUAAGGAACUGAAUUGGCUAUAUUAGAAUAUUGUUAUUUUUAUUUCGUAGUUAUUUUAUUGUAAACGUGUUGCUCUUGUAAUGUUGACUGGAUAUUAAAUAAAGUAAAGGAAAAACAAA